AUGCACGCCUCCGUUAACCACUCCAUCGCCAGUGACACCGAUAUAUGGCACAGAAUUAUGGAUCAAUUGAUUGAACUGAAGGAAUGGCAGCGAACGCAAGAGGAGGCCAUCAAAAGACAUCAAACCAAACAAAUCUCUUCAUUGAGUGAACAAAACGUCAAAUUAAAUGCUUUGACAAACACUUUGACCACAAGUUAUCAUAAUCCAAGCGUUGGUCCAUCACAUCCACAGCCAUCCCAACGACAACCGAUGGACGACUCGUUGGAAGAGUUCAGAGCCGCUGAAGAGGAAUGUCGUGACGCGAGUGAUCACAGCAUGAGUUUUGGCCACAAAUUAGACAACUCUUCGUAUUCGGAGAACUCUGCAGUUAUUCCCGGAAUUGAUGGUAAAGUUGUGAAGACUUUUGAAGAUUUGUUGAUUAAGCGGUUAAGUGGUGACAAAGUGGAGGAAAUGGUGAAAACAAGUGUAGAAACAAAACCGAAGAAACCAUUCCUCCGGAAAGGAGAAGGGAUUAAGAGAUUUGAACCAAAAACGAGUCGAUCAUCAAAAGACUCGUCCGAUCAGAAGAAAAGGAUUUGUUUGAAAACUAGUAUUGGAAAUACAGUGAAACCAAAAGUGUUUGAAAAACGGAUCGGAAAUAAGAGAAAAGACAAUACAAAAGAUGAAAAGUUUGUGAAUCCAAAGACAUUCAAUCGGAAAGUGAUUCCAAUGACCACUAAAAUAGACAAAAAUGUGAAAUCAGUGGUCGUCUCCAGAAAUACUCCGAUUGUUAUCAAUGAGUUGAACGAAAGUGAAUCCGUUUUAUUUGAUUGUUUGCAACAAAUCUGUGGAAACGUAUCCCUUGACGACCACUCCAUCGAUGACCAGUUUAGAGACAAAGAUGUCUAUGAAUUGCAAGAAUUGCUCAAAAAGAUUGAACUCAAGAAGAGUGGUAUUCAGAGGCAACUAAGCGGUGGAAAUAUAGGAUAUUCUGAUGUCAAUGACAGACAAUCUGGUGAUAAAGAACGCCAACAAAGACAUCAAUUGGUGACCAAAAAUACCGGUAAUAAAGACGCGAAGAAAAAAGUUCAUUGGAGUCCACAAGGCAUGAGUAGUGGCGGUGAGAGUGAGGAUGAAAUGUGUGACUUCUCUUCACCCAAAUCUGGUGCGUAUUCUUCGUCAUUAAAACGACAGAUUAAUGAACUCGAAGAGCGUUUGUCUCAUCUGAAAACCACUAAAAAGUGUGACAAUCUUUUGGAUAAUAAAAGUGUUGACAAACAGUCGUCAGAUGUGUUGAAUCCAUUAAACAGUGAACUCUUGAAACUGAGGCAACAAAUGGAGAAAUUAAACACAAGAAUAGUUAACAUUGAAUCCAAAUCUUAUGAUUUAAUUACACCACAAAUGAAAGAGAUUUCUAACAAUAAGCAAAAAGUGAAUAUAUUUUCCAAACAAAACGGCAGAACUUUACCGAAAACAAGAACUUCGGCGACGAAUGGACUCAAUAUAUCUGUGAAUGAGAGCCCAAAUGAUACGACAAUUAAUUUUCCAAACGGCGAUAAAAUGACUGUUUCUAAGGACAACACAAUUUUUUAUAUCUUUGCUAACGGCGCCACUCAGACUACAUAUGCUGAUGGACUCAAAAUUAUAAAUUUUCCAAACGGUCAAUCGGAAAAAGUGCACAAAAAUGGUGUAAAACACAUCACUUAUGCCAAUGGUUUGCAACGAAUCAUAAACCCUGACGGCUCUGAAGAAGUGCUUAUGACUGACGGAACCGUUUGGCGAAUACAUGCGGACGGCUCUGAAGUGUUAGAGUUCGCCAACGGAGACCGAGAGAUCAGAACUGAUAACUAUAAGCGAAGGGAGUAUUCAAACGGAAACAUAAAAACUCUGUAUUCGGACGGAACUGAAGAGACGCGUUAUAUCUGUGGAAGACUUCGGAUUAAGGAUAGGUUCGGCAAUUUGAUGGUCGACUCCAUGAUCAGACAUUUAGAUCAACACAUUUGAGAUAAUAUUUUAUUUAUUUUUCACGAUUUCAAAGGCAAAUACUAAUUAAAUUAAACCAUUUAUAUUUUUAAAACUGUAAA